AUGGAAAGCGAGCUGGCCUGGCGGGGUGACCAAUGGACGGCGAGCGAGGUGGGCGGGGACGGCGCGGCGGAGGCCCGGGGACGCGGGUCCAGCCCCCCGUGCACCCCGCUGCCCAGCGAACCCUUCUACCCCACCCCGGGCAUCAUCCCCCAGUCGAGCAGGCCCGUUCUUCCCAGCGUUCCCCAGUCUAGCCGCCCCUUUCCCCCCAGCGUCCCCCAGUCCAGCAAACCCUUUCCCCCCUACCUCCUCCAGUCCAGCAAACCCUUCACCUAUUUCAGCUUCCCCUGUAUCCUGCAGUCGAGCCAGCCCUUCCCCUACCGCAGCCCCCCCUGCAUCCCCAAAUCCAGCGAGCUCUUCCCCUACAGCCCCCUGUACGCCCUGCAGUCGAGCCGGCCCUUCCCCUACUGUGCCCCCCCAUGCCUCCCCCAGUCCAGCAAGCCUUUCCACUACCGCAGCCCCCCCGGCCUCCCCAAGCCCAGUGACCCCUUCCCUUACUAUUUCCCUUCCUACACGCUGCAGUCGAGCCAGCCCUUCCCCUCCUGCGCCCCCCUGGGCGUCCCCCAGUCGAGCAGACCCUUUCCCUACUGCACCCCCCCCUGCAUCGCGAAGGCCACCGAGCUCUUCCCUUGCUACGUCCCCCCCCAGCCCAGCAGAUCCUUCCCCAGUUACACCCCCCUCCACGUCCCCCAGUCCAGCAAGCCCUUCCCCUCCAGCACCCCGCCGGCACUGGGAGACCCCUUCCCUCAUUGCACCUCCCCGUGCACCCUGCAAUCGCCGGACCCCCUCGCUCACCGCCUCCUCCAGCCCACCCAGCGCCGGGGCUCCCUGUCCCCCCGCCUGCACGUUUGGGGGGUGCCCUCCCCACCCCAAAACCCUGCUACCCCCUGAGUGGGUGCCUGAGGGCUCUGCUCCCCCCCGCUUCCCCAUCCAGCCUGAGGGGCU